AUGAUAUUCUGUUCUCCUUUGAAGUUACAGCUAUCUUGUUACAGACAAGGUGAACGUUGCUCAUUCUAUCAUGUCUCUCCGAUUUUCUAGUGGGUCCAGGCAUAUUUGGUUAUGGUCUGGAACUGGAUCUGUCAGACCAUCCAGUGGAGGCUCGGGCUUUGCAGGCAGCAAUGCAUGUGGCAGCUCUGUUGCUGGAAGCAGAUUUUCCUGUGCCUUGGGAGGGGGCCUGGGCAGUCUUCCUGGGGGGAGCCAUGCUGGUGGUGUCCUUGGAAGCGCUGCUUGUUCUGGCUUUGCUGGAAGUGAAGGGGGACUUCUGUCUGGGAACGAGAAGGUGACCAUGCAGAAUCUUAAUGACCGCUUGGCAUCCUACCUGGAUAAUGUGCGAGCUCUGGAGGAAGCAAAUGCUGAACUAGAGAGGAAAAUCAAGGGUUGGUAUGAUAAAUAUGGACCAGGAUCUUGCCGUGGACUUGAUCAUGAUUAUAGCAGAUACCACCUAAUCAUCGAGGAUCUUAAGAAUAAGAUUAUCUCUUCUACUACUGCUAACGCUAAUGUAAUUCUGCACAUUGACAAUGCCAGACUGGCUGCUGAUGAUUUCCGGCUAAAGUUUGAAAAUGAGCUCGCCCUGCACCAAAACACGGAAGCUGACAUCAACGGGCUGCGGCGAGUCCUGGAUGAACUAACACUCUGCAGAACCGACCAGGAGCUGCAGUAUGAAUCCCUGAGCGAAGAGAUGAGGUACCUCAAGAAGAACCAUGAAGAGGAAAUGAAGGCGCUGCAGUGCGCGGCUGGAGGGAACGUGAACGUGGAGAUGAACGCAGCGCCCGGGGUGGACCUCACGGUCCUGCUGAACAAUAUGCGGGCCGAGUACGAGGCCCUGGCCCAGCAGAACCGCAGGGACGCGGAGGCCAGGUUCAACGAGAAGAGCGCCACCCUGCAGCAGCAGAUCUCCGACCACGCGGGCGCGGCCACCUCGGCCAGGAACGAGCUGACCGACAUGAAGCGCACCUUGCAGACCCUGGAGAUCGAGCUGCAGUCCCUCCUGGCAAUGAAACACUCCCUGGAGUGCUCCCUGACCGAGACCGAAGGCAACUACUGUGCACAGCUCGCCCAGAUCCAGGCUCAGAUCGGGGCCCUGGAGGAGCAGCUGCACCAGGUCAGAACCGAGACGGAGGGCCAGAAGCUGGAGUACGAGCAGCUGCUCGACAUCAAGGUCCACCUGGAGAAGGAAAUCGAGACCUACUGCCGCCUGAUUGAUGGAGACGGGAACUCAUGCUCCAAAUCAAAGGGCUUUGGAUCAGGAGGCUCAGGGAAUUUACCUAAAGAAUUAUCCAAAACCACAUUGGUAAAGACAGUGGUUGAAGAGAUAGAUCAACGUGGUAAAGUUCUUUCAUCGAGAGUUCACGCCAUUGAAGAAAAGACAUCUAAAAUGACCAGUGGCAAAACAGAGCAAAAGGUUCCAUUCUAGCCGCCAUCGAGAAAAAACAAUCUGGGGAAAAGGAUCCUAUACAACUGCAUUAUUCUAAAUAUCAAGGAAAUUAAAAAAAAAAAAACUUUCUACCCUUACCGAUAAUUUACUUAGCAAAAAUACUUGUUUUCUUAGUUAACUUUUACAGGGUCUUGGGCGUUUGUUUUCAAAUAAAUAAAAAAGUAGAUGUGCACUUAUUUCCAUUCACCCAUAACUAAUAAACAAUUAUUUG